UUAUUGGAGGUCCAUGAAAUUUUCAAAAUAUUAGCAUUUUACAUCGCAGCUUACUCAACAGUGUUUUUCCUGACUCUCUCUCUCUCUCUCUCUCUCUCUCUCUCUCUCUCUCUCUUUCUCUCUCUCUCUCUCUUUGAAAUAAUUUUAUAUAAUUUUUUUCUUUGUACUGAUGAAAUGGCCGGCAAAAAGAAAGAGUCGAGCCUUCAGACGUCUGUUACAAACCAGGAACAAUGGGAGGAAAUGCUCAACACUAAAGGUUUAACAGUUGUAGAUGUAUACCAACAAUGGUGUGGACCCUGUCGAGCUGUGGUUAGUCUUCUACGAAAAAUAAAGAAUGAACUGAGUGAUGACCUUCUACAUUUUGCCACAGCCGAGGCAGACAGUGUUGAUGCUUUGGAGAUGUAUCGAGGGAAAUGUGAACCCACAUUCCUCUUUUAUGGGGGUGGGGACCUGGUGGCUGUGCUACACGGGGCCAAUGCUCCUAUGCUUCAGAGGAUGAUUGUGGAGGAGUUGGCCAAAGAGAAGCUGGUUUUGGAACAAGGCGGUGAACGCAAAGUGGUAAAAGAUGGUGGUCUGGUGGAUAAUGAAAAUAGAGAAGAGGCUGAACCUCCUCAGCACUCACAAAAUGAGGAAAGCAUAAUUGUUCCUGCCAGUAAAUCUUACACAGUUGCCAUCAUUAAACCAGAUGCUGUUGCUCACGGCAAGGCAAACGAGAUCAUAAUGAAGGUUCAAGAUGCUGGGUUUGAGAUCCUCGCACAUGAGGAGCGCACACUGACUGAGGCUGAGGCUCGGGAUUUUUACCAGCACAAGGCAGCAGAGGCUUGCUUUGAAGACUUGGUGCAGUUUAUGUCCAGCGGUCCCUCCCAUAUUCUGGUACUUUCUCACAUAGAGGGCUCAGCCAGUGUUAUACCAGCAUGGCGUGAGUUCAUUGGCCCAGCAGACAUAGAGGAAGCCAGGCAAGAAAAGCCAGAAAGCUUGCGGGCACUAUACGGCACAGAGACACUGUUCAACGCAGUGCAUGGUAGUGAGGACAGCGACCAGGCCAGCAGGGAGCUCGCCUUCUUCUUCCCCAACUUUAGGACGGCAUCAGUAAUGGAACAGGAUGGGGAGGAAGAGCGUGUGGAGAGGACACUGGCUCUUAUCCGGCCUGACGUUGCCAGGGAGAACAGAGAUGAGAUCUUGGCCCAGAUCCAGAAGUCAGGAUUCACAGUUUCCCUCCAAAGAGAGGUGAUGUUGUCAGAGGAGCAGGUCAGACAGUUUUAUUUCCAACAUGUUGAUGAAGAAUACUUUCCUACUCUGCUAAGAAGCAUGAUGAGUGGUCCAGUGCUAGCUUUGGCUCUUGCCAGAACAGGGGCUGUCCAUCACUGGAAGAACAUUCUUGGUCCUCCGGAUAUUGAUAAAGCCAAAGAGACUCCUGAUUGUUUGAGGGCCCAGUUUGCUGUGGAGAAUGAGCCCAUCAACCAGCUGCAUGGCAGCGCGAGCCCUGAAGAGGCAGAAAGAGAGAUCCGUUUCUUCUUCCCUAAAGAGCGCACACUGGCAGUAAUCAAACCGGAUGUAAUGGAGGAAAACAGUGAGACGAUUUUGGAGGAGAUCCGUGGCAGAGGUUUUUCUGUAACCCAGCUGAAGGAGAUGGUGCUGUCAAGGGAGAUGGCUGAGGAGUUUUACAAGGAGCACAGAGAGAAACCUUUCUUCAGCCAGCUGGUGGAAUUCAUGUGUCGGGGGCCCUGUAUGAUGCUCGUUCUGACUAAGGAAAAUGCAGUGGAGGAGUGGAGGGCCAUGAUGGGCCCUACAGACCCUGAGAAAGCUAAAGAAACAUCCCCAAAGUCUUUGAGGGCCCGCUUUGCUGCUGACAUCCUCCAUAACUCAGUUCACGGCUCCUCCAGUGGACAGCAUGCUGAGGAGAAGAUCUCUUUUAUCUUUGGUGACAUCAGUACAGAUGCAGAGCCCACCAGUGAUGGAGAGACUGACGACACCAUUUCAGACAAUCCACAUCAUUCAAAUCCUUACAGUCCAGUAACAGGAAGGAGUGAUGACCAAAUCACUAACUGAAUCAGAAGACUUGGAACGUCAAUAAUUAUGGAAACACGUGCCUCUCAUUUUAUGAAUCAUGCAAUAAAUAAGAAACAUAAAGA